CCUUGGUACAGUAAAACGUUUUAAUGUUAGCAUAAUUUAAGCUAAAUCUCAGAAACGAUCUAGAAAGAUUCAAAAUCAGUUAAUUGUUUACUUGUAUAUGCUAGUGUAUGAUUUGUCGACAUCUUAUUUUGAAAACCGGAUGUUGUUUCACGUAGUUCUUUCCGCUAACUUUGUAAAACCGGAUGUUGUGUCACGUGAAUCCUGCCGCUAACUUUAUCAAAACCCUUGCGCGCUCCCGAUCGAAUGCGUUUACCGUGAACAUCAGUCUAUAGGUGCACAGAAAUUUAAGUGUCGGCUGAGUUGACCAAGGAGAUCCGAGUGUCGGCUGAGUUGACCGCAGUUUCCGAGUUCGAACCGAAAGAGAAAAUGGCACAAAAACUCAGGAAAGAAGAAACUCUCGAAAUGAGGAAGAGAUUUAUUGGGCAGUCAUGUAGACUGUUUUAUUCAGAUGACCCUGUUAAAAUAGUGAAAGCAAGAGGCCAAUAUCUAUUUGAUGAAAACGGCAAGCGCUAUCUGGAUUGCAUCAGCAACGUUCAUCAUGUGGGCCACUGUCACCCCAGCAUUACUGCAGCUGCAGCAGCACAAAUGGACCUACUGAACACCAAUGCACGAUUCCUGCAUGACAACAUAGUCUUGUAUGCAGACCGCCUGGCUGCCACCCUGCCUGAGAAACUGUGUGUGUUCUACUUUGUUAACUCAGGUUCAGAGGCCAAUGAUCUUGCCCUACGCCUGGCACAGCAGUACACCCAGCAUGAUGAUGUCAUUGUGCUUGACCAUGCAUACCAUGGGCAUCUAAUGUCUCUCAUCGACAUUAGUCCAUACAAGUUCCGGAAACUGGCAGGACAGAAAGAAUGGGUUCAUGUGGCCCCGUUACCAGACACUUACCGAGGCAUUUACAGAGAGGAUCACCUCAACCCUGGCCAAGCAUACGCCGAUACAGUAAAAGACCUAAUCGAGGAGGUGCACAGGAAAGGUCGUAAGAUCUCUGCCUUCUUUGCUGAAUCAUUGCCAAGUGUUGGAGGACAAAUCAUUUUGCCCCAAGGAUACUCAACGAAAGUUGCAGAAUACGUGCGCUCAGCUGGUGGAGUGUUUGUGGCAGACGAGGUGCAGACCGGCUUUGGCCGUGUGGGAAGUCAUUUCUGGGCGUUCCAGCUGCAAGGGGAGGGUUUCUGUCCCGAUAUAGUGACCAUGGGUAAACCAAUGGGCAACGGGCACCCCCUGGCUUGUGUGGCAACCACUGUCGAAAUAGCCGAAGCUUUCACAGCCAAUGGAGUGGAGUACUUCAAUACGUUUGGAGGGAAUCCAGUGUCCUGCGCAAUCGGCCUUGCAGUGCUCGAUGUGAUCGAGAAUGACGAUCUAAGAGGAAACGCCAUAAGGGUGGGAGCACAUCUUAAAGAUUUGCUCACAAAGAUACAAACACGGCAUCAAAUGAUUGGCGAGGUCCGAGGUGUGGGACUGUUUGUGGGUCUCGAGCUGGUUACCGACAGGGAGCGCAAGACUCCAGCCACAGCAACAGCAGCACGUGUGGUGAAGAGGUUGAAAGAGGAGGAUAACAUCUGCGUCAGUACAGAUGGCCCCUGGGAAAGUGUCGUGAAGUUUAAACCCCCUAUGUGUUUCAGUAUGGAGGACGCAGAGCUGGUGGUACAAUGUAUUGACCGCAUCCUCACAGACAUGGAAGCCAAUGACAGUUAACCGGAAAAGGAAGACAUCUAAGUUGUUGAGUGCCAUUUUGAGGCAUCACUUUAGUAGAACGAGGAGAUGUAAGCAGUCACAUAACGGAUGAAACAGCCAAUUGGAAGAGUUGCCACCUGAAAGACAGUCGGCUAUGAAAGAUGCUAAUGUAAAAACCAUUGAACUGCCACAAAUGUUUCUAUCAAGAAACUAAUAAAUAAAAUUCUCUUUAAAACCUGA